AUGUUGCGUAAGUAUAAAUCAGCUGUUGCAUGGGGUGCAUCGAGUAGUAGACGGGCGGCGAAACGGCGAAAGUUGCAAACUCCGACGUGUGGGACAUGCGGACUUGUCCUGCACCGACCAUUUAUAUGCCUACAUUGCUCAUACGGAGGAUGUUGGAAGGACAGCCACAUUCUUGCGCAUAUGAAGGAUCUGAAUCAUCAAUUCUGUGCUGACGUUAAGACUGGUUCGGUCUUCUGCAUAGAAUGCGACGACAUGAUCGCAGACGAUACAUUUGAAGAGCUCUUUCAUGCAACUACGCUUCACGUGGAAGAGAAGGAAACCACGUUUGUCUCGCAACGAAAGAGGCGAGAAACUUACAAACCAUGGCAGCCGGAAGCAAAGGACGAGGCUGCACUUUCAAGCGCAACUCAGGUGGCAUGCAGCGGUCGGAUAGGACUUCUUAAUCUGGGGCAGACAUGCUUCUUGAACGUCAUUCUCCAGUCUUUCUUGCACAAUCCCAUGCUCCGCAAUUACUUCUUAAGUGACAUGCACAAUAGCAAAGCGUGUAAAAUCAAGGAGUGUAUGUGUUGCGAACUUGACAAGCUGUUCUCGGAAGUUUACUCGGGAAAGACAGUGCCCUUUGGUCCUGCGACCUUGCUUGCCACGACGUGGAAGGCAUCUCCCGAACUUGCAGGUUAUUCACAACAAGAUGCGCAUGAGUUCUUCAUAUCCGCUCUAAACCACUUGCACAAGAGUGCGUACGGGAACACGAGUAUUUCGUGUAACUGCGUUGUACAUGCCGUCUUUGGUGGACAGCUGCAGAGCGAUCACACAUGCGGCAAAUGCGGCAGUACUUCCAGCAAAAUUGACCCGAUUCUAGAUAUCAGUAUGCAGUUGAAAGGUAACGGUGUUGAGGAGGACACGCUAGCCGAGUGCCUCCGCAGAUUUACGCAUCCAGAGACAAUGACGAAAUAUAGCUGUAACCGAUGUGGGCCGCAAUUUCACCAGCAAGCGACAAAGCGACUGUCUAUUCGCAAACUACCACCGGUAUUGAGUAUACAGUUCAAGCGAUUUGAGCACGAAGGUCAAAACGGCAAGGCAACUCCCAAAAAGAUCGAUACGCAUGUGCGCAUACCCGCUACAUUAAACAUGUUGCCAUAUACGACGAUAGGUAUCAAGAAUCAAGGGGGUCAAAAGGAGCGGUUUUUGGGGCCGGGCGUACUCUACGAGUACGACCUUUUCGCAGUUGUCAAUCAUGAUGGGCAGAUCGACACGGGACAUUAUACGAAUUAUGCGCGAUCGCAAGAUUUGUGGUUUCGAUUCGAUGACGACAAAGUAGCCCAUUCAUCACUUAGCGACGUACUCAAAUCAACCGUGUAUAUGUGUUUUUACGUGAAGCGACAUCUAGACUACAAGCCGUUCACUCUUCCAACAUACAAGAUUGCGCGAGAAAACGAGGCCGUUAAGGAACGGGAGAAGGAGAAAGAAAAGGAAGCAUCGCGCCUACGUGAAGUUGAGGAGGCUUUGCUUGGUAUGAUCUGA